GAAAGAAAUGUCAAUCUUUUGGCUCCAUGGCGCGUGUUUUUAAGCGUGUAGAAUAAAACUAAUCUUCAUGGUCUGUUUUAGCAGGUAAACCUACUGUACAGGUCACUUCGUUGGUCUGUAAUCACUGACUAUAGCCUGUCUGUUGCUUUGUGUAAUUUGUGAGCCCCUUUUACUCCAUCAGUGUAAACACACACACACACACACACACACACACCUGUUUGUUCUGAGAAAGUGGCUCAGUACCUGAAUAAUAAUCUGAUCAGUGGGGGUCCAUUUCAGAUGAUGGACAGUAGAGGAAGAAUGCUAAAUUGUCUAACACAUGAGCUGUAUUCAGUAAUUGUUAAACUGAUGUCAGGUUAUUAUUUAUUAUGUGUGACAGUAAUGUAUAUACAUUGAAAUGCUUAUGGUGAAGCUCAGGUAAAUUGCUUGCAUGCAACAGAAUGUAUAACACAGAAAGCAAAAAAGCUAAACAAAUGAUCAGCCUGUGCUCACUGUCGCCUCAGAUUCCUGUUCCUGGGUGAUGGGAAUGGAACCUGAUGUGGUCUUCUGCUACUGUUGUAUCCCGUUCACCUCAAGGAAUUCAUGAGAAGCUGUUACUGAAAUCCAAGGGCGCAUCGUCACUGCACACGGAAAAGGUCCCGAGAAGCAGUGUUCUCGACAGGCUCCAGUGUUUCCUUCCUCAGAUGGCCCUGGCUAAUGAGACAUUAAAGCAGCAGAUGGAGAAACUUCCUGCAGGUCACUUUGACAUUGAGAGUAUUGAGGAAGCAGAGAAAGUUAUCGCGAUGGAUGUUGCUCUGGUGGAGCUGGAGGGCUCAGACAGCAGCGAGGGGGAGGAGUCAUCCGAGGAGGAGAGCUCAGAUGAAGAGACUGUCAGCAUAGAAACGCUUAAACUACCUGGCAACCAAAAAAGAAAAGCCAACAUCGAAGUGCUACAAAAAGAAGGAGAAUGAAGCAACACGUUUCCUGAUGGCAAACAUAACUCUACAUGACGUUACCCCCCCACACACACACACCGAAGGUCAGGAAUUACCAUCCUGCUAAGCAGAGGAGUCAAGCUACUGUAAAUAUGGACCUGAAAUAAAGGAGCAUAAUCCUCAGCUUGCUGAGGAUCCUACGUUGAGUGAUGGAGAUGUUUGAUGAGGUUGAAGUGCUGAGGAUUUUUGCUUAGCACGGACAGUACAGCCUUUGUUCUAUUUGCAUGAAUGUGUUUUGCUGUUUGUAUGAGAGAAAGAUCUAAUCUGAGGUUAUGUAGAUAUAUGGUGAGCAAAUCACUGAUUAAAACCUUAAUUUCUGAUUAAAA